UCUUGUCCUUUUUCUCAAACGAUCGUUGACCAAGCAAGCAGUCGGACACGUAUAACUUUCGAUCCGGGAACGUCUAGUGCAGAGGAGAAUAGGAAAAAAUUGUACCAGUAACAAGAAGAGCACACGGUCGAACCCACUUUUUCGCGGAUAAGAAGACCAACGAUUGGAAAAGUUUUCCCUUAUUUUAUUGAACUUAAAGUGAACUUUGCACAAUAACGAGUCAAGUCGAGUGCGUUGGAUAAAUAUUCGAACGAAAUACGGAUAAAUCCAGCACACACAUACAUAAGGAUUAUCCACCAUUAGAAGGAGCAGCGAGGCGGUUGGCGAAGUACGGCGGACAACUGAUAGCGAAAAUUUUCUGAACGAGCAGUGAGAAAGGAUUUCGGAUUUUCACUCGUCUCUCCUCGGAACACAUACAGCGAAACUAACACAAUAUGAGCGCUGAACCAGCACCAGCGGCCGAGUCAGCUCCAGGUGGACUUGCACCGGAAGCGGCGGGUGAGCCCGGAGCGGAUGGAAUUGUCGGAGGACCCCGAACUCCCCAGCAGAUCGCGGCACAGAAACGGCUACAGCAAACGCAAGCACAGGUCGAUGAGGUUGUGGAUAUCAUGAAAACGAACGUCGAGAAGGUGCUGGAGAGGGAUCAGAAACUAUCGGAACUGGACGACCGAGCCGAUGCCCUGCAGCAGGGAGCCUCACAGUUCGAACAGCAAGCCGGCAAGCUGAAGAGGAAAUUCUGGCUACAGAAUCUGAAAAUGAUGAUAAUAAUGGGUGUUAUUGGCCUUGUUAUACUUGCAAUCAUCGUAGCAAAAUUCAUGCCAGCUGAGCAACCACAGCAGCAGAUGAUGUAUCCCCCGAUGCAGCAGAUGCCAAUGCAGGUUCCCGCCCAACCGGCCCAGCCAGCGGCACUCGUACAGGACGUGUCAUCGCUCGUUUCCAAUCAGCAUCAGUUUAAAAACUAAAAUCCAGAAAACCUUAUAAAACCAAUCAUAAGAAUCUCUUCUCGCUAAAACCUAUUCCAGAGAGAAGCUAAUGUGAAACACAUACACAGCAACCACACUCACACUAAAACAAGAAUAAAAAAUUUGAAAAAAAAAAUAAUUAAAGUAUAUAGUGACGAGAAAAACAAGAAAAAUCUUUACAUAUGAUCUAUUAUACAUAUUUAACGAAAAUCAAAUCCACAAAAAUGGAAAGAAGUGUUUUUUUUUCAACCUACCCAUUGAUUGACCCUAAAGAAAAAAAAUAUCUUUAUGUAUGUUGUUAAAAAUCUCGUUUAAAUUUUGACCAACGGUGCAACCAAAGUCACAACAACGGUACAUUUUCCGGUUACAAUGAAUGUUACAUCAAAGUUUUUUCCACGAGCUUUUCCUUCAGAUAAAAAAAAACCGCGAAAAAACAAUUCAGAAGACAUUGACAGUAAGCAUAGAAAAAAAAAACUGCAACGUUGUAUCUCUACAUUUCAAAGUGUCACAAACACCAAAGAUAGGAUCAAUAACCAGUGAAAUGUGUGACGUACAGUGAAAAACAACCAUUGGUUAUGGCAAACAACAAAUAUCAUAUUAUCAAACCAAGCUAAUAUCGAGUUUCUGUUGAAAUAACUAACAAGUAACAGCAAAGAAAACCGAAUAAGAAGGAAAACAAGACAAAACGACAGUUGUAACCGAAAACAGCAAACGAGAUAAACGAAUACAGAAAAUUUGCUGACGGCAAUGCGUUGUUUGGUUUUGCUAUUAUUACUGGAGAAUAUAAAGUUAGAGCAAAGAAAUUGUUAUAAAUUUGAUCUUUAGGGAAACACAAAUUUAUUAUAGGACACAAUUAACAAAAUAGUGGAGAAAACGAUACUAAUAACAAGAUACAAGAAAUGUAAUCAUUAGCAAAAUGGUUGAGAUAAGACUUUUGUCAAUAAUUUUUCUUUGUGUUAUCUUGGAUGAAUCAGAAUAACUGGUCAGCUGCUUCCAUCGAUAUUGUGAUGAUCAUCAAACAAUGGUGGUUCUCGUUUGAUAACUGUAUGCUUUCUAGAUUUUUACAAAGGUAACGAACCUCCUGACAUCUUCUGGAGAAUCGUAGAAAAUCAAAGCGCCCAGUUUUCAAACAAGUAUCGUCCAUUUAAACGUUCAAGAAGCGUCCAUUUUCUACUUUCCAUUCGGAGUCAGUGUAAUAUUCCUUCAAAAAGCACGUUCAGCUGAAUAGUAUGUAGAACACCGUGUAACUUGUAUCACCAUACAAAACACGUUUGUACUUUGUUUACCAUCUAUCAGUAUCCUCUAAGCGAUAUUGAGAUCCAUCAGAUGAACACAAUAAUGACUAAUUGAGCUAUUUUUCAAUUUGAUUUUUACCAAUAGAAGUCACUUCUUCGAAAAAAUCCAUGGAGUCAUUUCAUACAUGGGUAAUAACUCUGAUGACUCAACUGAGUUCGGGAGAAAAUAUUAGAUAAACCAUUUUUUGUACUUUGCGUGUUACCAAUCACUCUUUAAACCGGACUAUUGAUAACAAUGGCAAUACAUCAAGAUUGUUAAAACGAAAAACCUUCCAGAAAAACUGCAGUUGAAUAUUUCAAAUGGCAAUCUCUAGAAUUUUCUUUAACUAUCAUAAAUUUGAGAAAUACAGUUUACUCCAACAAAUAUAAAUCUUUUCACCAAUUUUCACGAACUACCACCAAAAAUUUCAUGGUUGACAACUGUCUCAGUAGAAAUGUUUUAGGUACAUUUGAGACAUUUAUGUUGUAUUUGCACUCCCUGGUUGCGGAAAUUAACUUCAACUACCCUUAUGGGGUUUUUUAUUAUUGAUCUCAGACAAAAACUUACAUUCUUAAGUGUUUCAUGCUGGCAAUGAAUCUAUCCAAUCAUUUUAACUAUCAGCAAUCAGGGAUUGUUCAAAGCUGGGAAAAUACUAUAUUUAAUGAAAAGCUCUUGUUAAAACGUUGAUAAAUUAAAACAUUAAGUAACAAGAUUAAGUGAACUUAAAACAUACGAUGUUGGCGGUUAUUUGAAGAAUUUUACAAUCUUUCUCAACAAUCAGUUUUAACUUUUAAACCUAAAACAAUAGUCCAAUAGUUUCUGCUGCUUUCUGUACCUAUCAUUUAAAAGAAAUAAGCUAAACAUGCUAUGAAAGUGUUACAGAACAAAACAAAAAAAUACAAAGAAAAAAAACUCAACUCAACGAUACAAAAAUAGUGAAGCAUAAAAAUUAGAAAACAGGUUUAGUUCAAUAUGCUUAUUAAACGGUAACUUUAACAAAUGACAAAUACUGCGAAUGGUACCCAUUUGAAGUAUAAUCGUUAAAUUAUACAAAAAAAAAAACCGGGAGAGAUUGAUCUCCCCUCUGCAGCAAAUAGUUAUCAAAUAUCUGGGAUGAAAAUUUAAAAAAAAAACACACGCUCAUCACAUAACGAUUAGUCACUCGCGUUCACUUCGAAAUUUGAGAAAAACUUAAAUUCCACCAAACAAACACACAGACACAUAAUUGAAAUUAAUUGAGCAGAAUUAAAUAGCAGGUAAUCAGUGCAGAAUGUGUUAUGUAAUAAAGUUAAAUUUAUUAUGACUAGUGAACAUAUUUCACAGGAAAUUAUUUGAUCUUCAGUUCAAUUUUAAAUUGAAUAUCCAAAAAAAAAAAAUGAACAUAUAUAUACUGACAAAACAAAUAAUAAUAACAAAAAAUGGGAAAAACAUAUAAAAAAUUACAUAUAUAGCUUUGAAAAUUGUAAAAAACAACCUAUUAAUUAUUAUCUAUACUUUUGGUGAUCCGGAGUUAAAUCGAUUCAAGAGCGAACACUUUGAAACGAAAUUGAGCAAAACAGAAAAAAAGGUUAAUGGCACCCACGUUAUACCAUAGGUGAUAAAGCAGCACCAGCAACGGCAAACCAUUGGAACUAGGACUGGAGAACAAAUGGCAAAUAAGAACUAAAAAAAGUGCUAAGCCGAGAAACGAAAUGGGGUUCCGAUGAGCGAGUCAAAGGGUAAAAAAGUUGAACAAAGCAAACAGUCGAUCGGAGGAAAGAUAGCAAAACGAAACAAAUUGCCGUUGAUAACAAUACCCUUGUGCGAACGAUAAAGGAAAGUAUAAAUAAUAAUGGAUUAACAAUAUAUAAUUAAUGAUUAAAUAAAGACAAUUACCUAGUAUAUGUA